AUGGAUCAUUCCGACCCCCAGGCUCGGCCAUCUCAAAGGAAUGGGUCAAUUAAAUCCAGCCCAUUGGCCAAGCGCAGCAAGGCAUGCGUGUCUUGCCGAGCACGCAAGGUCAAAUGUGAUGCUGAUGUGGUUGGUCUGCCGUGUAGUAGCUGCACAAGCAGGCAAUGUCCCGAGACCUGUGUCUUGUCCCUGCGCAAGCCACGCAGGAGGUACCUCAAAUCUCGACCUACCGUUUCGAUAGCUCGUUCUCGCACUUACAUGCGUUGUAGGAAAUUGGAUCUCGCUACGGCUAAAGAGAAGUCUGGAAGAUCAAGUGUUAGUUUGACGUGUGAACCAGUUCCUCAACCUCGCACAAUCGAGCCAGCAUCUGCUACCAGUGUUGUCAGUUCCUAUCAGAGCCGCGACCACCUAAGCGACUCUCGUUCUCGGCGUACACGGCGAUCACGGUCCGACAUACCUUAUCUCAAUAUGAUACAAGACGCCGUGAAUAGUGCUGCAUCUGGGGAACAACUCGGCAUGAAUGGAAGAAGUCCCUCCAUUCCAAGAGAAGAGGAGCACAACGACCUUGAUAGUUGGUUUGGAAACAAGCCCCCAGGACUAGAUGAUGUUGACUACGACUAUCUUGUCAAGAAAAGAGUAUUCGAGUUACCUGCUCAACCUCAUCUCGAUACGCUCAUUCGGACUUAUUUCGAGUAUCUUUGGCCAUUUGCGCCUAUAAUUUGCAGGGCUGAUUUCAUUCAACGCUAUAGAGCAGGUAACUGUUCUUUGUUUUUACUAUACGCAAUUUUAGCAACCACAGUUCCGUUCGCGCCCGAAGAUGCAAUAUCUGGAUUGGGCUUUCAGGACCGAUCAACUGCCCAAACAAGUUUCUUUACCAAAUCGAGGCUGCUAUAUGACUUUCAUUGCGAGCGAGAUCUUCUCGCCAUGUUACAAGGCUCAAUCGUUCUAAGCAUCAUCAUUCUCGACUAUCCCACGGACAAAGAUUUUCAGCACUGGUUCUACAACUCCAUCCGCCUGUUUGUCAAACUUGACGUGCCUGAAAUCUGCUCCAGACAAGAGGAUUCUUGCAAGGCACAAAAGCUGUAUAGGAGGAUAUGGUGGGUUCUUUAUGACCGAGAUGUCUUUCAUUCAUUUGUGAAUACACGAAACCUACGGCUCCUCGAAAUUUUGCCGUAUAUUAAGCCAGUCAACAAAAGCGACUGGGAAGAGGAGGACACGUCAGAAAGGCAUGAUUUAUUAGAGCCGAUAUCAGACAGGCAGAAGACUUCACUGGUUGCUCAUUGCGAACUGGCUCAAAUUUUUUCGACUCAUCCGCUCAACACCACAAGCGACAUAGCUGGGCAAGAUCCCCUCACAUUUAUGCUCCCGCUGGAGGAAUGGCGAAUGUCUCUCGCCGAAAGAAUGGGCAUCCGAAACCAGUCGUACGACGGAGAAGCAUAUUAUCCUGAAGUAAUGGCAAGAAGUUAUCUAUUCGAAUGUAUCUUGUGUCGGCACUUUCGAAGACGCCAGGAGGUCAAGUGGGGUGAUUGGGCAAAGCAGAGGCUUCGGUCCGCCAUUUUCGAGCUCGAUGCCAUUGUUGGCAGAGUUUUGGCAAGCGGAACGAUAAAGAAAUUCCCAAUGGGCUUCCGGAUUCUCCAAGAAGGACAUGACUUGCCGGGAAUGCUAAUCAUCAGUAGUGUCGCAACUGUACCGGCGCUACUCGCUUUGCACAUCGAAAUGGCGUUGGACCUCUCAGAAACCGAACUUGCACGAUCUAUGGCUCGAGUGUCCAUCAACCAAACGAUGCUCGCUCUGGGGCAGAUGCAGCACGUUCCAGCGAUAAAGCGAGGCUUACCCGCCUUCGAGUCGGUGCUUGCCAAGAAGGAUUUGUAUCAGGCAACUGGCCGCAGCCAUGCCGAAAAAGCCUCCCCGAGGAUACCUGUAGCAGGGCAGCAUGCUCCAGAUGAUGGGAAUCAUCCAUCAUCCGUACCGCAGCCUGGCGUCUCUUCAGCUGACCCUAGCCUUGCAGACUACCCUAGCUUCCCCGAGGAUUUUCUUGGGUACGAUUUCUUGGAUAGAUGGCAGCUGGAGCAAUGGGAGUUCAUACAUAUUUAA